AGUGUCACUCUUGUUAUCGUAUUUCGUAUCUUAUCAAUUGUGGUAAAAUUGUUGAUAAUUUCUCGUAUUUCUGAUUCACAACAAUUAUGUGUUGCUAAAAUGAUAGGAGGACAUGUAAUUAAUAUAUUUGACGACUACUUUUAAUGGCCUAAUUACCGAAUGGCUGGAUUCAGUUGGUACCUUUCUGAGGGCUUUCAAGUUAUUAUUGAAAAGUCUCAAGAAGCAAAAUGCUCUCUCAAGGAUGUUCAGCUUCGUUUUUUGUGCCCUGAUGACUUGGAGGAGGUAAGAUCUUUGUGUAGAGAUUGGUUUCCUAUUGAGUAUCCGCAGUCAUGGUAUGAAGACAUAACAUCAUCCGAGAGAUUCUUUGCUCUUGCAGCUGUGUACAAAAGCCAGAUAAUAGGUCUCAUAGUUGCUGAGAUAAAACCCUAUUUAAAGCUCAACGCUGAAGACAGAGGGAUAUUAUCAAGAUGGUUUGCAUCAAAAGAAACACUUGUCGCUUACAUUUUGUCACUUGGUGUUGUUCGUUCCUAUCGCCGCUCGGGUGUGGCCACAAUGUUGCUGGAUGUUCUAAUAGACCACCUGGCUGGUCCUGUUCCUCAGGCGCCACACGAGCACCGAGUCAAGGCUAUAUUCCUACAUGUCCUAACAACUAAUAACGAAGCCAUACUCUUCUACGAGAAAAGAAGAUUUAAACUCCACUCUUUCCUGCCCUACUACUACUCAAUUAAGGGCAGAUGUAAAGACGGCUUUACAUAUGUCUACUAUGUGAACGGUGGUCACGCUCCAUGGGGUCUCUACGACUAUGUCAAGUACGUAGCUCGAGCUGCCUGGAGGGGAGGUGGUCUCUACCCCUGGCUGUGGGGAAAACUGCGCACCGCUCUCACAAUAUCAUGGCACAGAUAGCUCUGACCAAGACGAACAAAUAUUACUAUAACUUGAACUAAUAUGGUGAGCAAACUGUCAUAUUUUACGUAUGGUCCUGUUUUACAAAUGACAGAUUUUUACAAGAACAUUGUCUACCAUGUGGCAUUGUGACACAUCCUGUUUUCUACGUGACAAAUGACAAUUGAGUUCUUGUUAAAAGUUUACCAAUUGUUUAAAUUUGAAAUAGAGACUACUUAUCAUUUAUUUGAAAAUCGAAUUUAACUGACAUACCUGUAAAUAUAUCAAUUAAAAAGUACUAUGUUAAUUAAAAACAGAACAAAAUUGUAAGCAACGCUUUCUUCUUCUUUUAAAGACAUGUUUAAUGAUCUUAAUAAAAUAGUUAUUAUGGUAUUAAUACUUUUGACAAGUUAUUCUAAAAGUGAUAGUACGGUUUAUGACCUCUGUGUCUUAUGGACUAUGACAAAGAACAAAAUGAGUCGCAAGUUUUCCUCACAAGGUCUGUAAGACCUACCCAGUUAUAUUAGUGUUUCUAGAUGUGAUAUGAUAGUUUUUGCUUUAAUCAAUAUUAUUUGCUUAUUAAAACAUCUAUAAAAGAUUGAACUAGUGCGGGUAGUAACAAAUAAAAAACAAUUUUUAUUGAAACAAAAAUAUGACAGUGGUAAUAAUUUAACAUUAGGAAUUUGCCAUGAGUGAUGAGCGUCACAUUAAAACCCUUGCACCAUAAUCUUAAUGUUAUAAAAAACAGAUUUAGAUCUUUUUAUUUAAUUUUCUAAUAUUUCAAGUUUUGAGCCAGACUUUAUUCUUUCUCGUCUUCUCAUUGCUAUUUCAAGCUGUAUAAUUUUAAAACCUGCUAUUUCAUUUAUUUA